AUGGCGGCGAAAAUCCAGUCGGCUGUGCGACUGCCAACACCGGAGCCUGGCGACGCGGCGGCAGAGUCUGUAGCAGCCGAAAGCUCGCGAAAACGAAGUUUCAUAUCGCGCUCACCAUCACCACGCCGCGAGGCCCCAGCGCUGCGACGACGAUCUCACUCGCCGUCACGUUCACGAUCACGCUCACGCUCACGUUCACCAGCCACAGCAGCACGGAAUGGGCGAGCGACUGGGACUGGGAAUGGGACUGGACCGCUCCCUCGAGAUGUCGAUCGCGAGCGGGCCAGGGAACGAGCACGGCAGCUGGAACUGCGGCAGCGGGAAGAGGCAGACAUCAAACCCGCGAAACCGCUCACCGACGCCGAGAAGCAGGCCGCGGCCAAGGCAGAGUACGAUCGACUGCUCGACAUGCGAUCAGGAGGCACAUACAUUCCACCGGCCCGACUGAAAGCCCUCCAGGCCCAGAUCACCGACAAAACCUCGAAAGAGUACCAGCGCAUGGCAUGGGAAGCGCUGAAGAAGUCGAUCAACGGCCUGAUCAAUAAGGUCAACGCCUCCAACAUCAAACACAUCGUGCCUGAGCUGUUUAACGAGAACCUCGUCCGAGGCAGAGGCCUCUUUUGCAGAAGCAUCAUGAAGGCGCAGGCUGCCAGCUUGCCGUUCACCCCUAUUUUUGCCGCCAUGGUGGCUAUCGUCAACACGAAACUGCCUCAAGUCGGCGAGCUUCUGAUCAACAGACUGAUCAUCCAGUUCCGCAAAGCCUUCAAGCGCAACGACAAGAGUGUAUGUCAUAGCAGCACGACCUUCAUAGCCCACCUAAUCAAUCAGCAAGUCGCCCACGAGAUGCUUGCUGCUCAGAUGCUGUUGCUGUUGCUUCACAAGCCGACAAACGACAGUGUGGAGAUCGCGGUAGGGCUCAUGAAGGAGGUCGGUCAACACAUUGAGGAGAUGAACUCACAGAUCGCACUUGCUGUGUACGAUCAGUUCAGAAGCAUUCUGCAUGAAGGUGACAUUGACAAGCGAGAGCAAUACAUGAUCGAAGUCUUGUUCCAGAUCAGAAAGGACAAGUACAAAGACCAUCCAGCUGUGCGCGAAGAGCUUGAUCUCGUCGAAGAAGAGGACCAGAUCACGCAUCGGCCUGGACUGGAUGACCAGCUGACUACCGAAGACGGCUUGAACAUCUUCAAGUUCGACUCUGAUUUCGAGGCCAACGAAGAGGCGUAUCGCAAGCUGAAGGCAGAAAUUCUUGGCGAAGCUGAAGGCAGCGAUGAAGAAGAUGAAGAAGAUGGCUCGGACGAGAGCAGCGAAGAAGACGAAGAAGACGCUGCGGAGAAGGCCCUGGAGAUCAAGGAUCAAUCCAAUACGGACCUGGUAAACCUGCGCCGUUCGAUCUAUCUCACCAUCAUGUCAUCGGGCACCUUUGAGGAAGCGUGCCACAAGCUGAUGCGUAUAAGCUUACCUACUGGCCGCGAGGACGAGCUUCCCUCCAUGAUCAUCGAAUGUUGCAGUCAGGAGCGUACCUUCAACAAAUUCUUUGGGCUCAUCGGUGAACGCUUUUGCAAGCUGAAUCGCCUGUGGCUGGACCUUUUCCAGGAUAUGUUCACAAAAUAUUACGAGACCAUACACCGGUACGAAACGAACCGCCUUCGAAUUAUUGCGCAAUUCUUUGGCCAUCUCCUGUCUGCUGAUGCAAUCGGCUGGCACGUCUUCCAUGUGGUCAAACUGAACGAGGAAGAUACGACAAGCUCUAGUCGUAUCUUUGUCAAGAUCUUGAUCGAGGAACUUGCACAGGGCGUUGGCAUGAAGUCUUUGCAAGAGCGCUUCAUGGACGAUGCCCUGCAACCAGCCUUAGCAGGCAUAUUUCCAAUCGACAACCCGAAGAACACUCGUUUCAGCAUCAACUUCUUCACGGCCAUCGGCAUGGGUCCUCUGACUGAGGGCAUGCGAGAGUGGUUGAAGAACGCACCCAAGCCAGCACCAGUGCCACUGCCACCGGCCAAGAGUCCUACACCCAGCAGCAGAGGACGCAGCGAGAGUGCCAGUAGUUACAGUAGCUACUCGAGCUAUUCGUCUCGAUCAGACUCACGGUCACAGUCACGGUCACGGUCACGGUCACGGUCACGGCCACGGUCACGGUCACGGUCACGGUCACGGUCACGGUCACGGACUCCACCAAGGCAUGCUGCCAGAGGUCGAAGCUACUCGCGUUCUCCUCCCCCGAAGAAAAGCAACGCGAACGCUCGCUCGCCUUCACGCUCUCCAGUGCGAAGACGCCGUUCAACGUCUUACCCAGCACUCAAGCGAAACAGUGUGUCACGAAGUCCGCCACCAAGGCGUCGCCGGCGGGACAAUUCUUACUCCAGAUCUCCUACUCCGCCUCGACGCAGAACGUCACCUGCUAUCUCCCGAUCACCACCGCGAGGUCGCACAGCCAGUCGCUCUGUCUCCCCACCUCGGGGUAAAGGUAGUGCAGCAACAGCUCGCUUACCACCGCCCAGCACGAGAGGUCGAAGCGUUGACAGCUAUGGCUCCCGCUCGCCAUCUCGAUCCUGCUCGCGACCAAGGCGUGCACCAGCUCCCAAGAGGAGGAGAAAUACCAGCAGUCCCGAGUCGGUACGGUCAAGAUCUCCGCCACGUAGGAACCAACCUCGGCCAAGCAAGACACAAAAGCCAGCGCUCAAGGCUCCCGAGGACGAAUUGUCUCAUAUCCAUCCUAGCCGAAGAGGCUUGAUGGGCAGCAGUGGAGGCACGCGUCGCUAG